AUGGAGGCCAGUAGGAAGCCAUUGCAAGAGUCCAGGUCCAGGGUGUGGACAGGUGGAAAGGAGCAUUUCUCAGGAGAUGCAUCUGCCCACUCUAAAUUGGGACACGUGUACUGGUUGAAUUCAGCUGUGGCCAGCAGCGGCUGGUUUUCCUGCUACACACAUGGCUACCUGAUGCCUUGCCUUCUAGGGGAGGAAUUGGCUUCCAGAGGGAGAGCCUAUGGGCAGUCAGGCAAGGACAGACCAGGAGAAACCUUUGUCUCUCUUGAAGAGGCAGGCACCAGGCAGAGCCUUAGCAAGGAGAACUACAGCUCUGUGUCUGAGUUCAUCCUCCUCGGCUUCUCCAGUGAGUCACAGGUUGGAAAGACCCUGUUCACCUUCUUCCUCCUCCUCUACCUCACCACACUUCUGGGCAAUGGAUUCAUUGUCACCUUGAUCUACCUGAACUCACACCUCCAUACACCCAUGUAUUUCUUUCUCAAUAUCCUCUCCUUAGUGGACAUGAGUUAUGUCACCACUACUGUGCCCCAGAUGUUAGUUAAUAUGGUGGAUCCAAGGAUGACCAUCUCCUGGGGAGCUUGUAUAGCCCAGAUGUUCAUCUUCUUGGUCCUGGGCAUUGCUGAGUGUGUCCUCUAUGCCAUUAUGGCCUAUGACAGGUAUGUGGCCAUUUGCUUCCCCCUUCACUAUACCCUACUCAUGAGCCAUCCCACUUGUAUCAAGAUGGUCACUGUCUGUUGGUCCAUUAGCAUAGCUGGGGCCCUGAUCUACACUGUCUUCACCAUGCAUCUGCCUUAUUGUGGCCCCCACAAGAUAAACCACUUCUUCUGUGAGGUCCCUGCUCUCCUGAAGUUGGCCUGUGCAGACAUAUCCCUCAAUGACUGGUUGGACUUCAUCUUGGGUUUCAUCUUGCUUCUGGUCCCACUUUUCCUCAUCCUGGCCUCUUAUAUCCACAUCUUUGCCACCAUAUUAAGAAUCCGCUCAUCCCAGGGGAGGCUCAAGUCCUUCUCCACAUGUGCUUCCCACAUCACUGCAGUGACUAUGUUCUAUGGGCCAGCCAUGAUCAUGUACAUGAGGCCUGGUUCCUGGUAUGACCCAGAGCGAGACAAGAAACUGUCCUUGUUCUACAAUGUUGUCUCUGCCUUUCUCAACCCCAUCAUUUACAGUUUCAGGAACAAGGAUGUAAAGGGAGCUUUUCUGAAAGUAUUUGGAAACAGAGGGACAGCUCAUUGA